CGCAUGAUCGACCAGCAUUCUUCGACAGACUGAGUGUCGCCCGCCGGAUCGGACCACAGCAUCAUCAGGCACUACGGGCCAUGAACCCUUCGCUAGCGCAGCAGCUACUCAACCCGAAGAGCGUCGCGAAAGAAAAGUCCAAGAAGCGGACGCCAAAUUACGGUCCUCCGCAGUCACGCAAACCGGCCAACACAGCUGCUAGAGCUUCCAAUGACGUCGCGGUCAACUCACCCAAAUUUGACCCCAGAUUGCUCCUGAACCCGAGAGGUGCUGGCGCAGGUGGCUCGGUCAAAAGCUCAGCGAAGGAUGAUACCAGCGCGGCAGAUUCGACGGUACAGUAUGCUUCGAACCAUGAUGACACGGAUGGCGAAGGUCGUGGCAUGAGCCAUUUCAUUAACGACCUUCAUCGCAUCACCGAGCGUGAUUCGGUGCCACAGCGUAAGCGGAAAGUGGAUGCCAAUGACGAGGGUGAGGAGCCCGAGCAGAAGAAGGCAAAGGGCAACUUCAGCAUUCCAGCAAACGAUGGCAUCGUCGGUGCCCAUAUGAAGGCCGAGCGUGAGCGGGUAGCGGCGCAGAACGGACCACAAAGCAUGAUUGACCUUACUGGUGAAGACGGCAACACCAGCACUGACAUUGUCAUGACCGGCGAGAGGCAGCUUCCGGCCCAGAAUCCAAGCAACCAGGAGGUCUGUCUUGGUGUGUUACAAGCUGACGCCAACAUUUCGCGCAUCCCAACGUACUCAGAGAGGAGCCUGGUGGCAAUUGGCACAGACGCCUGGCCGAGACUUAGGCUGGAUUAUCGGCGUGAUCCCGCUGAGAAUCUGAAGAUCGUGCUUGUAGACAAGAGCAAGGCGCGCGACAUAGGCCACGUUGCAUUCAAGUACGCCGCCGCACUGUGCCCGUUGCUUGACGGUCAGAACAUCAACAAGAUACGGAUGACGGUGUACCUCGACAGCUGGCGGAGAAGCAAGAACCAAGUCUCUGGCGAAUGGAUUUCAGAAAAUUUGCACAUCUCCGUCGUCUUGUAUGCGCCCCGCAAGUACGCAUCUGCUAUCGGUAGAGUACUAUCGCAAAGACAGCUCUUCCUGUCGUCUCCGACCACCAUGGGCAUCAUGACGGGCAAGGAAGUCGCGAACCCACAUGUGCCGACGAACUUCGGCGCACGUGGCGGAGAGAGCAAAUCGCAGACAGCACAGCACGCAACGGUGCACCGCAGUGAGGAAGAGAUUCGCCGUGACACCGAAACGAUGUUUGACAGUCUCGUGAAGCACGAAGAUCUUCCAGAAAUGGAACCCAACAGCGGGAUCAUCAAAACGCCGCUGUUGGCGCAUCAGAAGCAAGCUCUACAUUUCAUGGUCACCCAUGAGCAUGCAGACAGCCUUGCAGCCGGGCAGCCGAGCAGCUCCCUCUGGCAGUCCCGCAUCAACCCUCGAGGCCAGCAGAUCUGGGUCAAUGUAAUCACCGGCCAUGAGAUGUUCCAUCAACCGGAGCCUACGCGCGGCGGCAUUUUAGCGGACAUGAUGGGUCUCGGCAAGACACUUAGUAUCUUGUCAUUGAUUGCGCAGACAAUGUCCGAGGCGAAGGAGUUCAGUAGGCAGGAUCCGCCGGACGAAAGUUCGGUGGAAUGCAAUGUUAAGGGCACAUUGAUCAUCUGUCCCAAGUCUGUCAUGUCGAACUGGCAGGAGCAGAUUCAGCAGCAUGUUCAAAAGGGCGCGCUCACCUUUUACAACUACCAUGGCGCAUCUCGCACCAAUGAUCCAGAGGAGCUUGCCAAGUACGACGUCGUGCUGACAACGUACAACACCGCCGCCUUCGACUUCAACGCCAAAGACCGCGCGCUUGGUGCUACCAACUGGUUCCGCAUUGUCCUCGAUGAGGCUCAUGCCAUCCGAAAUCAAAAUACUGCCGUCUCCAAGGCAUGCGUCGAUCUCGCGGCUGCACGCAGGUGGGCAGUUACCGGCACGCCAGUACAGAACGGCUUGGGUGACCUAGGCGCUCUCAUCAAGUUCCUCAAAGUGCGACCCUUUGACGACGCGCAAACAUGGAGCCGUGAGAUCAUCACGCAGCUAAAGAGUGGCAACACCAACACCAUCGGUCACCUGCGGCUGCUUGUGGACAGCAUCACGUUGCGCCGCAUGAAGGACAGAAUUGGGCUGAAACUCCGCGAAGAGCUCAACAUUCAGCUUGAAUUUGGCAAGGAAGAGAGGAGGAUAUACGACAAUAUUGCAGCUCAGUCUCGUAGGGACUUCGAACUAAUGGAGAGGGGCGCGGUCCGCGGUAAGCUGCAAGGCAAGGCCUACACGCACAUCCUGAAGUCGAUAAACCGCAUGCGCAUGUUCUGUGCUCAUGGGUUGGACAUGUUCAGCGAAGAUGAUCGCAAAGAGAUCGCAGAAGGCAUGAAUCCCGAAAACGCCAUUGCGAUCGAGCUUGGCGACGAGCCCGGCGAUGAGCCAGACGCGUCCGUGUCGGAGAGGCAGGCUUACGAGACGCUUCACUUGCACAUCGAGGCAAACCAGGACCAAUGCCAGAGAUGCAGCGCUAGCAUCGGUCAAGCAGCAGCGGAAGCUGACGGCAGCCGUCGCGUGACCGAGGAUUUCGACGGCUCAGCUACGGAUGAGACAAGUUCAGGAGAAGACGGCGAGAAAGAGAAGCCCAUAGGCUAUCUCACACCAUGCUUCCACUUCUUAUGCGUUAAGUGCAAGAACGCCAUGGAGGCGCAAGUAGUACCAACGUUGUCUAGCGACGAGCGCUACACAUGUCCGGAAUGUGGGGCGUGGACACGUUACGGCUUCUUCGACCUCAAGCGCUCAGCUUAUCGCGACUUCGUUGAAGGCAAGCGUGCUAAGCUGAAGAAGCGCAAGGAGUGCAGUUUGGAGGACUACAGCGGCCCGUCGACCAAGGUCACGGCACUCAUGGAGGAUCUUGAGAAGUGCGCAGCCGAGACCUCUCAGCUGCCAGAAGGCGAGCCACCGAUCCGCAGCGUGGUGUUCAGCGGCUGGACAAUGUACCUCGACCUCAUAGAGAUCGCACUCAACGAGCGGGGCAUCGGCUACAAUCGCCUCGAUGGCAAAAUGUCCGUCAGCCAGCGUAGUCGUGUUCUCGAGCAGUUCAAGACCGACCCAGGAAUCACGGUUAUCCUUGUAUCGAUCAAAGCCGGCGGUCAAGGACUCAACUUCACCGCGGCAAACAAAGUCUUCAUGAUGGAGCCGCAGUGGAACCCAGGUGUUGAGCAACAAGCCAUUGACCGUGUGCAUCGUCUGGGCCAAAAGCGUGAUGUGCAGAUCAAGCGCUACAUCAUGGAGAACACUGUCGAAAAUGCUGUGUUGCAAUUGCAGAGGAGGAAGGAAGAUCUGGCGAAGUUCACACUUGAGAGGAAGAUGACCAAGCUUGACGAGGCGAAGAAGAGGCUGGAGGACUUGAAGACUCUCAUGCGAUAGGUUGCGCUGCGAUCGGCGAGCGCGUGGAGAUGGCAGUGGGCAUGCUGCCUGAGCACGAGCGGCAGUUCCUGACGCGCAUGCUGUUGCUCCCUCGGGCAGGGCAUAGUUCGGGUCCGGCUUCAUGUGCUCCUACCAAUGCUCUUCUAGCUAGUCACCAGUGGUAGGUGUGUAGGCCUAAUUGGUGAAGAGUUGUUGACCACUCAAUUCAGGAAUGAUG